UCAGCCACGGUCCCAGCCUGCCCUGCGCGGGCUAACGAGAGCAGAUCGAGUGACUCACCUCCGCCGCGGUAACUCCUCGCUCUCUCUCCCCUCACACACGCUCACACCGGCGCGAGAUGGCGGCGGCGGCGGCGGCGGCGGCGGGGGACUCCGACUCCUGGGACGCGGACACGUUCUCCGUGGAAGACCCGGUGCGGAAGGUCGGGGGCGGUGGCACCGCCAGCGGGGACCGCUGGGAAGGCGAGGACGAGGACGAGGACGUCAAGGAUAACUGGGAUGAUGAUGAUGAUGAAAAAAAAGAGGAAGCAGAAGUAAAACCAGAAGUAAAAAUUUCAGAAAAGAAAAAAAUAGCAGAGAAGAUAAAAGAGAAAGAACGGCAACAGAAGAAAAGGCAAGAAGAAAUUAAAAAAAGGUUAGAAGAACCUGAAGAACCUAAAGUGCUAACACCGGAAGAACAGUUAGCAGAUAAACUGCGGCUAAAAAAGUUACAGGAGGAGUCAGACCUUGAAUUAGCGAAGGAAACUUUUGGUGUUAAUAAUACAGUUUAUGGAAUAGAUGCUAUGAACCCAUCUUCAAGAGAUGACUUCACAGAGUUUGGAAAGUUACUAAAAGAUAAAAUUACACAAUAUGAAAAGUCACUAUACUAUGCCAGUUUUUUGGAAGCCUUAGUUCGAGAUGUGUGUAUUUCAUUGGAAAUAGAUGACUUGAAAAAGAUUACCAAUUCAUUGACUGUGCUUUGCAGUGAAAAACAGAAGCAAGAAAAGCAAAGCAAAGCCAAAAAGAAGAAGAAAGGUGUAGUUCCUGGAGGGGGAUUAAAGGCCACCAUGAAAGACGAUCUGGCAGAUUAUGGUGGUUAUGAUGGAGGAUAUGUACAAGACUAUGAAGACUUCAUGUGACAUUUUAUCUUCUCCCGGUGUCUUCUUUCUGUUGCCCACAAUCCCUUCAACAUGUAGCACAACUUCCUUUUCUUUCAGUUCUGCCAAAUGCUACAAUCAGAAGUGCAGUAUCUUUUGUGCUGGUUAUUUAACCCCUCGACACUUAGGUGCUAAUGUGCGAAUGAGGGAACUUGGAUCUUGCUGCCAAGGGGUUAAAAUUGGGAACCUCUGUUGCUACUAAAUCAUAGUUAAAAAAAAACAAAAAACAACAAGCCUAAUAAUGGUGUCAUUGUUGCUAUCUGAUUCCAUAGCAGCAGUCACUAAAUUGGAAACAAAGGUUGCAACAUGACAAAAAAAAUUGUGUAGUAUUUACCAGCACCAUUUCAGUAAUACAGCCUUAACCAUACCUCCUUGAACUACUUCAUAACUUGUCAAGAAAAGCAGUCUGCAGCAAGGGCGUGUGGUGUGCACCUAGUAUUAAAAUUGCUUUGUCUUAAAAUUGAGCGUGAGGAUGUUAAAAAUACAUUGUGAAGAAGACUGCUUAUCUCAGAGUGAAGAUACGGCGGCUGAAAAGCUGAAAAGCACUAGUUUGAUACUUAAAAAUUAAAUGACCAAAACCCUCCAACUUCGAAGCUGAAGAAGGUAAACCUUUCCAUUAUUGCAUUGCAAGUUGUGGAAUCUCUUGAAUGCACAGACUGUCUAGUUUCUAUUUAUCAGACUAUUCUGCUGAUGGAGUGCUUCAGAUGGGGGAGGGAAGCUCUUUACCUGUUCUACUUGCCUGAUUUAAGUGUCUGAGAAACAAAUCUCCUUUGUUCUCCUAGGCUGCAAUGGAACAACUUUAACAGGGUUUUGGCAUUUCCUUUCCUUUAUAAAACAUGCUCAGCAAACUGCACCAGUUAACUACAGUUUGGUAAAUUGUUAUGUUAACAAUUAUGACAUCUGCAAUGUUUUAUAAAGCAACUAAUUUAAUAAAGUCACUAUUGUGAGGACUUAAA